AGGGGAUCUCACUCGCCUACUGAUUACAGCAAACCAUCGUCACAAAAAAGAGUUAAUGAUGACAUAGCAAAUUAGGUGCGGACAUUGCUGAUAUCAUACUUUCGCUCAUUAUCUGAUAUAAAUUAUGGGAGUGACGAUUAUGGGAGUGACAGCGGCGGCGAUAAAGAAUGAAAAUUGGAGAAAGUGGCAAGAUUAAAAUGAACGCGAACAGUGACCGUCAGAAGAGUUUACUUCCGGGCAAGGCAUUUUGAGCCACGCCAUCCUCGAGGAAACUUUAAUACUUAGACACUGUCUUGACGGAUGCUGCCCUAUAUUUGGAGACGUUGUUGCAUGCAGAAUACCAAGAGCAAUCAUGGCAGAGAAGACAUUGAGCGACAGAACAAACUUCCCAUCGCGGGGUCGAGAGCCGACAGAGGGUACCAACGGUGGGACGGGUAGCGCAACAGGUUCAAAGGUCAGUGGCGCUUCCAAAGACCACGAGGAAAAAAGCGUUCGACCAAAGGAGAGGAAGACGAGCUGUACGAAGAAUGAGAGAAGCGGUUCUAAGAAGUCUGUUCAUUUUGGUCGUAAAGAUCAUGCCGAACAAUCUGGUGGUAGAACUCAUCAAAAUGGAAGACAUCAUCAAAAGCAGAGAGACCAGCGAGAGCAGCAUGGAUAUCCGGCAAGAGGAAGGAGAUACCCGCCAAAGACACCAACAUCCAAAACAGGGGUCAGAGGUAAAGCCAUAGAAGUAGAAGGAUGUGGAUUGCCGGUUCUUAGCAAGAGUACGGAUUCUCGGUUUUCCAAAGAUCGCCUGUCAUCUUCUUCAGGACCAAAGGACAAGCGCACCUUUCAACCCAUCAGUUCAAACUUCUUGAAUGACCUUCUUAUGAUGGAGCCUUCAGAGGCAGCAAUUCAGCUUGGUUCAUUGAAGGGAAGCUUUGUCGCAGGUCUCGAGGAAGUUGAUGUAGAUGACAAGAAACAACGUCUAUUCUGGAACGUUCUUGCUCAUCUUUCCGAUGGUGUCGGCGUGGCCAGUACAGUUAUUAUGAUUUUUUCGGUAGUUGUUGGUUCUAGACUCUUUAAUAAACAUCUACCACUUUUUCUGAUUGGUAAGCGGGGAAAAGCUUGCAAAGGAGGCGCUCUUGAGUUUGUAGGUUUCAUCGCAGUACUCUUGAGAGUACUUGAGUCAAUGUCCUCCAGUAUUCCGAGUAGAUUAGCAGACAUCAAGGUAGCCUUGGUACUCAUGGAAGACGUGAUUAACUCCAUCGAUGGAGAGUUAACACAGGACGUCGCACUUUCUGCCAAGAGCCUCUUACAAUAUAUAGAGUCUGUUGAAGCGGAUAAAGAGUUAGCGCACAUGAAGCAGCGGUUUGCUUCAUCGAAACCACCACCAGAUGACUUCAGACAACAAAGCAUUCUUCCAAGUUAUGAAGAACUGAAACCAUCUCAUCGUCCAUACCUGAGGCCUCAUAUAGUUAAAGGAGUCUACCCAAACGCAAAUCAUUACUUUGAUGUGCAUUUCAGGCUCAUGAAAGAGGAUUUUAUCCAGCCUCUCAGAAGUGGUUUAGAUCAAUAUCUUCUUAACAAGCAAGUUCAGCCAGAGAAUAGAGUAAAAGUUCAAGAUGUCCGGAUCUACGAGGAAGUUGAACUUAUCCGGCCCGAAUCCAACAAUUUCGGGGUGACCUAUCUAAUGUCAUUUAAAAGGAUGCCUCACGUCAGAUGGGAAGUGUCGAAACGUUUGAUAUACGGUUCACUUGUUCUACUAUCAGAUGAUGAAUUCAAAUCGUACAUUUCAGCAACCGUAGCAAAUAGCGAUGCUAGACAACUUGCACGCGGGGUGGUGGACAUACGACUUCUCGAUGAAGCAAUGUCAUCUUUGAUUGGUAAAACAUUUGUCAUGGUGGAAUCAACGGUAUUCUUCGAGGCAUAUCGCCAUGUUUUGACGGGUCUCCAGCAGGUAAGCCCUACAGAUUUUCCAAUGACAAGAUAUAUUCUUGAACUGAGGCCUGACAUAAAUCCUCCAACAUAUAUGAAGGGCUCGGGCCAUGCCAUACUUGAUGUGUCUAAUCUAAUGGUUGGCGGAAAUCCAAAGAACACCACUGAUGGCAUCAAACCUCAGAUUACCCCUUUAAUGAGCAUUCAAAUCAAUCGUAUACCGACAUGUAGUGCUCCAGAACAAGGCAAAAUUGACACUCCCUUUCCCAUAUCAGUUCUGAAUGAAUAUGCCUGGCCAGGAGCUAAGGAAACCAAGCUAAAUCCAUCUCAACUAGAAGCAGUAAAAUCUGCACUGACACAAGAACUGUCCCUGAUUCAGGGACCACCCGGAACAGGAAAAACAUACAUCGGAUUGAAAAUUGUUGAAACUCUCCUCAAGAACAAGAAUUGCUGGUCAGAUAAAGAAGCAGGUCCUAUUCUACUGGUCUGUUACACAAAUCAUGCAUUGGACCAGUUUUUACUUGGCAUCAAACAGUUUCAAGAUGAAGGCAUCAUACGAGUCGGAAGUCGUAGCAAAUGCCCGGAGCUGGAAAAUAACAAUCUGAAACAAGCCAUUAGAAUGAAGCGUUUCAGGAAUACCGGUAAUAAGUUCAUUACACGCCGUGCUGGGAACAUCAAACGGGAAACUACGUUGGUGAAACGUGCUCUUGAGGGCGUGCAAACAAGAAUCCAGUUGAGUUCUCAAGGUAUUUUGAGGGAGACGGAAUUAAAGCAUUUCCAUGUCAUGUCUGAAAAGCACUUCAAGAGUAUGAAGAAAUUAGAAAAAUUUGGGUAUGCCGAUUCAUGGAUCAUAGAAUGGUUAAUUCCUGACAAUGAGAGCGUGAAGGAAGUGGCACAAAAUCACGAAGAAGAGACCACUUGUGACAAGGAAAUCGGAGAAGGGGACGCAUUGGAUUCUGAAGAAGUUGAUAAAGUGGAUGAUAAUAUCGACGUAGAAAAUGAAAGAGACUUGAUUGAGUCAGAGCGAGUUAACAAUGAUGACGUAGAAGAUGAUGAAUCAUCGGAAGUCAAAGUUGUCAAGAACCUAUCUCCUCUAGCAGUUUACUACGACGAUCUGUUAUCAUCAGACGAAAUAGAUAAGGACGUAAAGAAUUUCCUGAGGGAAAAGGCAACAUUGCAAAAGGAAAUUAAUCCGAACAAAGUUACUUACAUACGAGACGUUUGGAAGCUUGAUGUUACCCAACGCUGGGAGCUAUAUCAUCACUGGUUAGGCGAAUAUAUGUCAAUCCUAGAAGCACAGCUCCCUGUUCUUCAAAACGAGUAUACUCAAUUAUGCACGGAAUUGCAGGAGACAAAUGAUUACGAGAAAUGUCUGGUCCUACAACAAGCUACAAUAGUCGGUAUGACGACUACAAGGGCAGCUAGUGAACGUGAAUUGCUGAAAAGAGUACAACCAAGGAUUACCAUUGUUGAGGAAGCGGCAGAGGUGCUCGAGUCACACAUAAUUACAUCGCUACAUUCUACCUGUCAGCAAUUGAUCCUGAUUGGUGAUCAUCAACAACUACGCCCAAAGCCAAAUGUUUACCAACUAGCAACAAAAUAUCAUCUCGAUGUUUCCAUGUUUGAACGUAUGGUAAAGAAUGGAUUCCCCUACAAGAAACUCAGACAGCAGCAUCGUAUGAGGCCUGAAAUAUCGUCAUUGAUGAGAGAUCACUUCUACCCGGAACUCGAAGACCACGAAUCCGUGUCUUCAUAUCACGACGUAAGAGGGGUCGGGAAAAACAUCUUCUUUCUUGAUCACCAGGAAGAAGAGGCACACGUAAAAGAGACAAUGAGUCACUACAAUCUCCAUGAGGUUGAUUUUACAGUAGAAUUGUGUAGGUACCUUCUGAACCAGGGUUACAAACCUGAACAGAUUACUAUACUCACUGCCUACACUGGACAACUACUGAAGUUCAAAGGGAAAAUGGACAGAGCUACAUUUGAAGGCGUAAGAGUGGCUUCAGUCGACAACUACCAAGGGGAAGAAAAUGACAUCAUUCUACUCUCCUUCGUACGAAGUAGUCAGAAUGGCAGGAUAGGCUUCCUGAGCAUCACCAACAGAGUGUGUGUGGCGCUUUCCAGAGCAAAAGAAGGGCUGUAUUGCAUUGGGAAUUUCACCCUUUACUCUAAGAAAUGCAAAUUGUGGAGGGGAAUCUACGACGAUUUGAUUGCCAACUGUCGUAUAGGUGAUGUGUUGAAUUUACAGUGUUACAACCAUCCACACAACAAGACGGACGUAAAAAGAGCAGCAGAUUUUCAGAAGGUUCCUAACGGAGGAUGUGGAAUUCCUUGUGGAACGUUGCUUAAUUGCGGACAUGUGUGUGUCAAUUUGUGCCAUCCGGUUGAUCGACUGCAUGAAAACUACAUCUGUCCUAAACCUUGCACAAAUAAGUGUGAAAGAGGCCAUGACUGUUCUGAGAUAUGCGGAAUCAAAUGUCCACCAUGCCGUAAGAAAAUGGAAAAGAAACUGCCGUGUGGUCACUUUCGUGUCAUGAAAUGUAGCCAAGAUCCCACAUCUGUGAAAUGCGAUGUGAUGGUUGAGAAAACAAAGCUUCCUUGUGAACACAUUGUUAAGCUCCCGUGCUAUAUGGAUAUUAACAGCUUUGACUGCCCUACAACAGUGCGCAGACAACUCCAGUGUGGUCACUUUAAAUUUGAGAGGUGCAGUGAGCAUGGAAUGUGCUCGGUCAUUGUCAGCAAGAAUUUACCAUGUGGACACAUAAAGCUGAUAGAGUGUUCAAAGACGGACAAUCCCGACAUUGUAUGUACUGAAUUGGUUUCGAGGACUCUGUCUUGUUCUCAUAGAAAAGAACUUAAAUGCAACGUUGACCCAGAUACAGCCCUUUGUCUUAUAGUUGUCACAAAGACACGUCCGUCCUGCGGUCACCUAGUUAUCGAAGAAUGCUCGACACAAAGUGAUUGCUCUCAGAUUGUUGUCAAGAGUCUGCCAUGUGGUCACAGAAUGGAUAUGGUGUGCUCUACAGACGAGAAUGGUGUGUUUUGCCAAGAAAAAUGUGAAAAGAAGCUCGCUUGUGGACAUACUUGCACUGGAAUUUGUGGAGAAAAGUGCAUUACGAAAUGCAAAGUGUUCGUAAUCCGAAAUGACUGGCCAUGUGGUCACAGAGUAAAGGCAAGGUGUAGCGAUGGACCAGAUUCAUGCCAUGUCAGAUGUCAGACCGAACUUGGUUGUGGGCACAUGUGCCAUGGGACAUGUGGAUCAUGUAUGGGAGGUAAAUACCACCUACCAUGCCGAGACAAAUGCGAUCGCACUCUGGUAUGUGGACAUAAGUGCACCCUCGAUUGUGUUAGCCCGUGUCUUCCUUGUUUCAAGACAUGUGAGAACUUUUGCGACCACAUAAAGUGCAAUCAUCCAUGCGGAGAAGUGUGUCCCCCUUGUACAAAACGGUGUAACUGGAAUUGUCCGCACAGCGAGUGUCAAAUGCUUUGCUGCGAGCCAUGCUCUAGAUUACCCUGUGAUGAACCCUGUCCGAAGCAGCUGAAGAAGUGUGGUCACCCAUGUGCUGGCCUAUGUGGAGAGAUCUGCCCAGAACUCUGCCGCAUCUGCGACGAGGUGAAGCUGAAGGAAACCUUUGCUUCUCAGGACACAGAUGCAUCCAGAUUCAUGCAACUGGAAGAAUGCGGACACGUUUUUGAAGUAUCCGAACUCGACAGGCACCUCGGUCUUCACCAAAAGGAGACCACAAACUCGUUUAUUUUGUUGAAGAGAUGCCCAAAAUGCAGCACGCCAUUACGUAACAGUAGACGAUACGGAACUAUCAUCAAGCUAUCGAGAAGGCACGUGUUGCAUGUCAAGAAGAAGAUGGAAGCUAGGAAGAGUCAGGUAAUGUCGGGAAAACGUGAUUUACAAGCGAACAUGAUGAGAACCCUCACCCUUGCAAAUCUAAACCCCCUAGGUAUCGAACAACACACCAUAGGGAUCUGGCUUCGUAGACACAAAAACCUUAAAAUGGAAUAUGAACCAGCACUCACGUCUCGACUGCUACUCAUACGUAUAUUGAUUGAGAUGCAUGAAAUGUUAACCAAUAUAUGUAUAGAGGAUAGGUACUCGUCUGCAAAGUCGCACCGGGAUAAGUUAAGUUCCAAGACUAAAAGUUCCUUUUGGAAAGGACACACCGAUAUGGCUAAAGCACAGAUGGCUGAGCUAGGCAAGGCAGUUCUUAGAGAUGCUACUAGCUUUUCGCACCAAGAAGCUAACGACCUUCAUGAAGUAAUGCAUCGAACCAUUUACAGUGUACUUCUACUGAUUAAUUGGCUGAAGUCAACGGAUCGACAAAGAAUCCGGCACCUUGAAGAUUCUCUUAAAGUACUUGACGGGAAGCAUUUUCUCCGUAAUCAUGGUGAUGCAGACUUGAAGCAGAUGCGACAGGUUUUCGAUGACCUCUACAAAUCUACUUUAGAUAAAUGGCUAGAGAAUAUUCAGGAAUUUCAUCCAAGUCAUACGACGACCUUUGCCCGUGAGAAAUGGUGUCAAUGUCCGAAAGGGCAUACAUUCAUGGUUCAGGAGGACACAUGUAGCAUUUCAAAAAUGGACUGUGAUGUAUGUAUGCGCAUAGAAUCCAGACACAUGUCACUGAAAGAAGGUCAAUCCCCUCAUGCAAGAUCUUCUGCCACUGUGGAGCAAAAAUUGACAGAAAGAGAGUUUCGUCGUCUUGCAAUAGAAGUUCCAAGUUGUGGGCCGCGGCGCGGACCGGGGAAAAUGCCAUAUAACAGUGCGCGAAGUAUGAACACUUCCCACAAUGCCAUCAAGGAUGAAUCUCAUCCAAAUCGAAGCAAAAAUAGUCAUGGUGAAGCAAGUGCUCGUAAAACAAAUCCUGAAGAAAACGAAGAUAACAAAGGCGCAUUCCUUCACGCUCCGGAAGCUAUUGCCAAGGACCUAACAACAGGUACGUUGAAGAAAAGAACCAAUGCGCAUAAACGAGGUGGAACACCGAACGCUGGUCCACAUCCUGUUCAAGACAUAACUACAACUCCUGAAGUAAGCCAACAUAAUUCAAGAACGACAAUGAAUACCAUGUCAAACGAAAAAAGAAAGCCACAAGGAAAGGUAACACCGAGUCAAGGAAAUGCUGCAUCCAAUUCUAGGCCGAGUAUUGGGGUAACAGCUGACCGUGGUAAACCUAGUACUCGUAGGCGAGGUCGACAACGACGUGCGCGUCGAGAUGAUGGUCAGGAAAAUACGUCUGGGGAUGUCCAGAGAGAAACUGUUAGGCAUACGAUCGAACAGCACGAUUCAACUUCCGGUCAGAAUCAUGCAACAGCAAGUACAGGUUGCGCAUUCAAAGAUAAGAGGCAGCCGGAAGAAAAGGUGACUCUGAGUGAGGUUAAAACAUCCAGGUCACAAGAACCUAGGACUUGCGCGCCUGAUCAUGUUUCAAAUAAUUCUCGUAGAAGAAACAGAAGAAGAGGUGGUGGUCGAGGAAAUGGCCAAAGUGGUGAUGGUGUUGGAGACAAAUAGACUGUGAACAGAAGAGUUUAUCUAGUCUUUCUGGGCAUCAUCAAUGUGAAAGUGGUACACAUAUUGCCUUCCCAUCGUACCCAGACGGUUUAAAAUUUAUUUACCAUUUACUUUAAUGUGAGCCUUUCUGGCUUCUAGCAUAAAAGAAUUAUUCGAAAAUUGAGCAAUAAAGAAGGGUAGAUUUUUGAUAAUUUUCUGAAAGUUUACAUCCAAUUUGUAUUCUUUCUGACAUGGACAUGACAGGCAUGUAGAAAUGGCCCUUUGUCUUUACGUGUAUACAACUUCCAGGAGUAUAUUACAUUGAAUUUGAAGAUUAACGAUGAAGAUGCAACCAUUCCUGCUAUCUCAUGUAGAUUUUUUUUUCGACUUCCACAUUGCAAUGAUCGUCUUGAAGCUGUAACGAUUGUUAGUGGAUGUAACAAUCAAUCAUACAAAUCCAGGUAUAUACAAAUUAGGUAAAAACAUGGGAUUGGGAGCCCCUAGAAGUUUUCAUUUAAAAAACUUGUAGGUGGGGCAUCGCCAUGCUACAAUUAAAUGCAAAUUAAAAUAACACAUACAUAAAGAUUGAACAACAAAUAACAGUGAAAUACAAUAAUUAAAAACAAUGGGCUAAUAUAGGGGAAAAUAAACAAACAAGCAAACUAAAAGUAAUAAUUACAAAUCAUAGUGACCUACAGUGUGCUAUUUGCAGGAGUUUUUAUGAUGAGCGAAAAAUUCAACUUUCAAAAGUUUUUAAAACUUUUUUAGGGUUUUACGUGGUUUAAUAUCAUUAUUUAAAUCAUUCCACACCUUAAUUCCUCUACAACGUAGAGAAUUUUGGAUGAUUUUAGUUUUUGGAAGAUAUUGGUGAAGAUCUGCUGAAUGACGCGUAAAGUAUGAAUGGAAAAGAAGCAUUUGAGUUGAAGAGAUUAUUAAAAAUAUUUGGCAAGAGAUUUGAAUGGUAAUUGUACAUAAAUAUGUAAGUAUACAUAAGAGCCAAGUCACAUAUUUUCAAUAUUUUACAAUCAAGAAAUAACUUGUUUGCGUGACUAUUGAAAUGUGCAUUACGAACAGUUCUAAUUAACCCCUCUUUAAAUAAGAAAUAAUCUACGUAAAUUCAUUCCCAGAGAGCGUACAGCAAUAAGUGAGAUGGGGUAAAACCAAAGUAUUAUAAAGUGAAAUUAAUACAUGUCUGGGUAAAAUAAACUUCAGUUUGCGGAGGACACCAGUACUUUUUGAUAAACGAGUGCAUAAUUCAUCAAUAUGAGGUUUCCAGGAUAGAAAUUCAUUUAUCUUGAUACCUAAAAAUUGAUAUUUGAUACCUGGAAAAUAAUCUUGCCAUCCAUAAUAACUGGAGGAAUGUCAGUACCAUUUUUGUGUUUUGAAUAGUACAAUUUUUUUUUUCAAGGUUCAGUGACAGUUUAUGGCAUUGAAGCCAGACAACGCCUUUACAAAGUUCAAUUUAUGGUGUUAAUGAGAGGAAUAAUAUUUUUUUUAGAAAGAACAAAAAGAAAUCAUGCGCCUACCUCAAUUCCAUGGAUGAAGUUCUAACGGACAGCAGAAUCCUGACAGGGGGGGGGGCGCCUUCGUUCACUCGCUUUGUUCACUGGCCGAUCGAUAUACCGAGGGCGCAUGCGCAAAUUUGGCCGAGCCGAUUUGCUUUUAGCUAUUACUUUUGUUUGCAAUUUUUAAAGCGAGUGAACGAACGCGGGGCUCCUUUUUUGAGAGUCUGGCUACUGCUUCGAUGUCAGGAUUUUGCUGUCCGUAAGGCCUUUAUCCAUAGAAUUGAGGUGGGUGCAUGAUUUCUUUUUAAAAUUAUUUUUUUGGUGUUUUUGGUAUCCCAACCUCGAAGGUACCCAUGUUAGUAUUCGUUACCUGUGGCUGCCUAUCUUACCUUCUGGGCUCCGGCCCGCUUCCUUUGUUAGCUAAAUCUUUGACCUCAAAUGACUAUGGGCUAACUAAGCCCAGUUUCGAGAAAUGCAAAAUUUAGCCUGCGUGGACCAAAGGCUCUUGAGAAUUCGGGCAAAUAUGUGCACUACUUGUAAAACACAAACUCUAUCAUAUACGCUACAUCCGGUAUGCAUCUAUUUAGGUAAAUUUCUUUUUAAAUGUUUUAAUUUCAUAAGCACUUUGUCAUUAUGCAAUUGAUUAUCAUAUAUUCUUGUACAUGUUUUGUAAAAUGUUCUGAAACUCAGCCUUUGGCUGCGAAUGAAUUUUCAAUAAAUCAUUAAUAUACCUUACUAUACUUAUACCUACGAUACCUUCAGUGGCGUACCUAGGAUUUUUCAGAGGGGGGGGGGGGGAUUUGGCCGCCCCAAAAAUUGACAAGAUGUGGUGAUUGGUAUAUAACAUUAUUUGUUGCUUAUGUAAUCUUACAUGAUGAGAGUACGACUCUUCCCAUCGUGUUGUUAUUUACCAAAUGAUGCAAUGUAGUAAUUUUUUUUUCUUCCAAUAUUGGAAAGAGUGGAUACAUUCCAGUUCCGUUUAAAUUGCAGCAUUGGUUAAAAUGUUCACAGUGUACGGUAUCAUCACCCCCCCAAAAAAAAUGCCUGGUUUACCUUUUUCACCAAUAUUAGGUAAUUCAGUAGAGUGUUAGCGCUAAGUAAUAUUUUCACUUUUAUAUUGAUAUUUUUCUCAUUAUCUUAAAGAGUGUACAUUCAUGUCUCAGUUAUUUGUUCGUGUUAGUUGUAGAGAACAAAGUUCUAUGAUUCAAUGUCAUUGGCAUAUUAUUUGUUGAUGUUAUUUGUUUACAUUUUAUUGCAUUUACUUUCGUGGGUCAUAAACGGAGUUAAAUAGCAUUGAGCAUUAUGUGAGGGAAUGAUAUUGUUCCGAACUUAGAAUCGAAAAUUUCAGUGUGAAACGAAUUUCUGUUUAUUUUAUCAAUAAUCCAUUAUUGUUUAGUUGACAAUGAAUGUUAUUAUAAGAGGUUAAAUGUAUGAAGGGCGUAGUUCUGAAAUAGUUUUUGAGAUAGUAUUCUGAGCUAGUCUUUCUUUUGAAAUUAUUUUGACUUAUAUUAAUUCUGUUUUUAUGUACACAAUAUAAUUACUUUAUUCAAAUUUCAAUCACUUGACCUUUGCUUCAACUACACCACUCAUUUUCUGUUUUUGUUCAUUGUUGUUCAUUUAGCCCUAUUUGUUUGUUCCUGUAUUUUGAUUUCAAACAUGAUAGUAGAGAAUAAAUAUAUUGUUAUUUCUAUCAAUUGCAUUUGGCCUUUUAUCAAUGGUCAUUUAAUUUAUGAUUUAUAUUUCACCAUUGUAUAAUUAUUUUAUCUCUGUUGAUUUUUGCUUGUAAAUUGAAAGUUUUCAGCCUGCGGGCUGCCUUUUUGAUAUUUUUUUCAAUAAACCAUACCAAUUCAAUUCAAUAUGUAGUGUGUCCAGAAAUAAAGGAGGCACACUUCGUAUAACGACAUUACAUCAGGCAUGACGAAUUUGCCAAAGAAUGGGCGGGAUUUCAAGAUGAUAUGGUAUAUUGAUUUAUAAAGAGGUUUUUCAAUUAUUCGUGUUAUAUUGAAAGUGUGAAUUUUGACUCUGUUACUCAUCCGGUUAUAAAGCAAUGACUUCACGUGUCAAUGAUUUGGGUGUCGGCUUGGCGAUUGUCUACCGACCAAAAGAUGAAGAUAUAAAUGUUAGCAAUGAGAGGUCAUUAUAGAUCAUGUCUAUUUUCAAGACAAAUGUAAAUCAUUACCCUAGUGCUUAUUAUUUGUUGGUUAAUUUCGUUGAUUUGAUAUAAAUAGGCUUUAUAGUAAAGAAAAAACACUACGGAAAGAAUGCUAUCACAUCACACGCACUUGCCAAUCUCUAUAUUUAAGAUGUACCAUUGCCCUUGCGGGUUUCAUCUGAUAAAGAUUAUCCAAAGUGAUCAUGGUGAUAGCGCCAUCUGUGGAAUUGAACAUUUAAUACUUGUGAGGAAUAAGAUUGCCACAAAACUGAUUUAUCGAGUAGCUAAAGAUAAAAAAUUGUAAAAUCUCGCUUUCUUUUAAAUUGGCUGUUCGCAUUCUUCUUUUAAAAUAGCAGAAUCCGUAAAACGCGCAUAAGCCAUGAGUUAUAUUACAUAUUCUUUCUUCUUAUUCUUUUUAUCUGGCGGAUGUAUGUCCAUUAUGUACCUUUCGUAUUAUAUGCCCUUGAAUAUUAUCUAUAUUAUCUUAUACGUUGUAUUCAUCUUAUUACACUGUGAAUGAGCAUGAAUGAAUAAUUGAAUAAAUGAUAAAUUCCAAUAGCGUUCACCAGAAUUCGAAUGAAAAAAAGAAGUCAAAUUUGUUUCAGUUGAGUAUGAAAUAAUGGUGAUGGUGAUAUGUUAACAUUAUGCAUAAAUAAAUGGUAAUGAUGAUGACAGAAGUGAUGAUGAUAGUGGUGGUUAUAGUUGUGAUGGUUAUAAAAUGGAUGAUGAUGAAGAAGAUAAAAAAGCAACUCCUGUAUAUUUGCAAUGAAUUAGCUUCUUUGGCGUAUAAAUUAGGGAAAAUUUGAUUUGAAUUAUCAAGUGACACUGAGGAUGUAUACUAACAUAUAGAUAAGGGCGCUUUCACCUUUGCAAUAAUUAGAAAAAAAAAACCAUAUUCGUUACGCGACACAUCUCGAGCAGGCUAUUU